CAUCGCAUAGCAUCGCAAGGGGUUUAAAGAUGAGCCGAACGCUUGCUGCUAGCAUCGUACGGACAACCCUUGUCUCAGCAACGAGAUCAUCGAAAUCGGCAGCGCGGAUCGCUCUCCUCCCAGCAGCAUCUCGACGGAAUGACGUCAAGUGGCCAUGCAACACCGUAUCCAUAUCAACGAGAUCUUAUACCUCAUCAACCAACCAUGCGGAACCUCGGUUCGAGCACCCCGCGCUUAAUCAACUCAAGGAGGAUCUGACGGUUUUGCAGCCAUGUUUCGGCGUGCGAGGGGACGAGAUCGAUGUGCUCUUUGAGCCGGCAGACUUUCACCAACGCUUGCUGUCACUGAUACGAAAGGCCAAGCGGCGGAUCUUGAUCUCGGCAUUGUACAUCGGUACGGAGCAGGGUGAACUGAUAGAAGCGUUAAGGGAGGCCUUGACCAACAAUCCCCAUCUUCGAGUAUCGAUCAUCACCGACCUCUUGCGAUCGACGCGGGAGCAAUCCCCUAAACCAUCCACUGCGACCAUGCUUCUCCCCCUCGUCGCCGAAUUUCCAGAUCGGGUGGAUGCUUGCUUUUACCGAUCACCAAAGCUGAAAGGCUUGAUGGAGAGGAUCGUGCCGCGGCGUUACGAUGAGGGAUGGGGAUUGUGGCAUUGCAAGUGGUAUGGGGUGGAUGAUGAGGUCAUCUUUUCCGGAGCAAACCUUUCGGAUACCUACUUUACGAAUCGACAGGAUCGAUAUUAUCACAUCAAGAAUCAGCCUAGCAUCCUCUCCUACCUUUAUUCUCUCCAGCGGCUGUACUCCUCAUACGCAUACCGACUGAGCGCCAACCCUCAACCCUCCUCCUCUCCGCAUCACCUCAUUCCACUUACGCCCCUACCCGACUAUGUACCCAAGACGUCAAACGCCAAACCUGCGCUCGUCUGGCCAGAGCCCUCAGUGCAUCCGAGGUACUUUUCCAACCACGCCUUGGCAACCAUCACGGCCUUCCAACGGGUCUGGAGAGAGAUCCGGCGUGGUCGACGAGUGGAUGUGGAUACCUGGAUCUUCCCUAUGAUACAAGGUGGAGCGUUGGGUGUGGGAGAGGAAGAACGUGGAGUAGGCAGAUUCUUGGCGUGCGCGGAAGAGAUGUUGCCGGACGCUGCAGUAGUACAAGGCAGUGGACAGGGCGCUCAGGUGGAUCUGACUAGCGGGUAUUUUGGGCUCUACCAUACGUACAAGAAAGCGGUACUAGAAGGCAAAGCGCCGUAUAGGAUCGUAGCCGCUUCCCCAGAGGCAAACGGGUUCUUUGGCUCUGCUGGGGUAUCGAGGUUGAUUCCAGAGGGUUAUACUCUGUUGGAAUCACAAUUUCAUCGGGAUCUAGUGAGACGGGGUCGAGACUGGGCGACCCGGUCCGAUGGUUCGGGAAGUGGGGUGGAGCUGAAUGAGUGGAAGCGAGAGGGAUGGACGUAUCAUGCCAAAGGCAUCUGGCUAUCGCCUGCGGGACCGAGCGGAUCCUCAACACCACAAAAGCCAUGCGCGACGUUCAUCGGAUCAUCCAACCUAUCUACACGCUCGAUGAAACUGGAUCUCGAGCUCUCCAACAUCAUCCUGACGACGUCGAACGAGCUCCGAACCAAGAUGGCCGCAGAGCUCGGGAACAUUCGAAGUCACUCGGAGCGGGUCGGGGAGGAGACGUGGAAGUUGCCAGAAAGACGAAUCAGCUUGUAUGCUCGGAUUCUGAUGAUGCUCGGGGUCGAGGGCAUGUUGUAGUCCAUGAAGCAUGAGAGUCCAACCUAUAGCUCAAGGUGAUAGAUAUGGUUCCGAAAGUA